AUGGCGACGGGAGGUGGAGACGGCCUAUAUCGGGGUGGAUACGAAGGAUGCAUUUCGGGGUCGGAUAUGGGGAUACAGAGGCGGCCCUACCAUAAAAAUUGUAGCUGUGCGCUCCACAAAUCACGUGGCCAUUGUUCCCAUACUAGUGCAUCAAACUUAUCGUAUCCCAUCAGACGGUCGUGGAGCGACGGUUGUCUAGCCUUGAAUUUGAUGGCCUCCUCCGCCCAUCCGUCGUCCUGUUCCUCCCCUGUUACCGUCACGGCAGAGGCUGCUAGGAGAGAACUGAAGGUACCUUUGAUUAAUGAAGAAAAAGAAACAAGAGAUCCUUAA